AUGGAAAGGCAGGCUGAGGAUCAACGCCAAAAACUGCACUUGACCGAGAUAGAUCUGGCUACCCAAAGGCAGUUGGUUAUAGAUCUUAAGCUGCAAAAGGCCAUGGUGGCAGCUCAACUGGCCAAGAAAGCAACUAAGGCUAAGAAGCAACCCUUAACUAUCCAAGCUGCUCUCCCUCUCCCUAAGGCUUCGAAGGGAUCUAGCCAAGCUGGUAAUCAAAGCCAGGGGGAUGAGGGGGACAAAGACAAGGGUAAGGGCAAGGAGAAAAAGCCCUCCUCAGAAGCCAAGGACACUGCCAAGGACAAGGAAGCUGCAGCAAAGGUGAAGGAAGCAGAGGCUAAGACCAAAGAAGCUGAUCCUAAGGCUAAGGACACUCCUACCUCGCAGCCGAGCCAAAAAGACGACCCUCCUGCUCCCAAGGCCAAGGCCUAG